AUGUGGUGGGGGGGCCGGGGCCAGAGUUUCAACAUCGCCCCCCAGAAGGAGGAGCCAGAAAUAGGGUCUGAGCAAAGGAGCAGGAUGCCGGAGCCCAGGAGUCAUCUGCUCGGUGGUUGCCUGGCCUCUGGCUGCCUUCCAGGGGAGCAGAUCCUAGCAUGGGCCCCAGGGGUAAGGAAGGGACUGGAACCCGAAUUGCCUGGAACACUCAUCUGCACCAACCUGAGGGUCACCUUCCAGCCCUGUGGAUGGCAGCGGAGUCAGGACACUCCCCUGAGCAGUGAUUAUGAUUUUGCCCUGGUCAACAUUGGGCGAUUAGAGGCUGUGAGUGGCCUGUCCAGAGUCCAGCUCCUCCGUCCAGGGUCUCCACUUAAAUUUAUCCCUGAGGAGAUCCUGAUUCAUGGCCGAGACUUCCGGCUGCUCAGAGUUGGUUUUGAGGCUGGAGGACUAGAACCUCAGGCCUUUCAGGUGACCAUGGCCAUUGUCCAAGCCAGAGCUCAGAGAAGUCAAGCCCAACAGUAUUCAGGGAUGACCCUGAGCAAGGCUGGCCAGAGUUCUGGCCCCAGAAAACCACCUGUUCCCCUCUUGGAAACAUCAGAAGACUGGGAGGCUGAGCGGAAGAAGCAGGGGGCCAGGGGCUGGAGGGUCAGCACUGUCAAUGAGAGGUUCGACAUAGCCACCAGUCUCCCCCGUUACUUCUGGGUCCCUAACCGAACUCUGGACAGCGAGGUCAGGAGAGCAUUUGGUCACUUCCAUCAGGGCCGUGGACCGCGCCUGUCCUGGCAUCACCCUGGGGGCAGUGAUCUUCUCCGCUGUGGUGGCUUUUAUACAGCCAGUGACCCUAGCAAGGAGGAUAUCAGAGCAACGGAGUUGAUGCUCCACGCUGGACAUUCAGAUGUUGUCCUGGUAGACACUAUGGAUGAGCUCCCCAGUCUUACAGAUGUCCAACUUGCCCACUUGAAGCUGAGGGCCCUCUGCCUGCCGGAUUCAUCUGUUGCUGAGGAUAAAUGGCUCUCAGCCCUGGAAGGCACUCGAUGGUUGGACUACAUCAGGUCUUGUCUUCGAAAGGCCAGUGACAUCUCAGUCUUAGUGACCUCCAGAGUUCGCUCUGUAGUACUGCAAGAGCGCGGUGAUCGUGAUCUCAAUGGCCUCCUCUCUUCACUCGUCCAGCUGCUUUCAGCCCCCGAAGCCCGAACACUGCUUGGCUUCCAAUCGCUAGUACAACGAGAGUGGGUGGCAGCUGGACACCCCUUCUUGACCCGGCUUGGGGGAACUGGGGCCAGCGAGGAGGCCCCAGUGUUUCUCCUCUUCCUUGACUGUGUCUGGCAGCUUCUCCAGCAGUUUCCAGCUGAGUUUGAAUUCUCUGAGUUUUUCCUUCUUGCUCUUCACGACAGCGUCAGGGUUCCUGACACCCUUACCUUCCUGAGAGAUAAUCCCUGGGAGCGUGGAAAGCAGAGCGGACAGUUCAGCUCCUAUACACAAGUCUACACCCCAGGAAACCUCCAGCCCCAAGCUGGGAACUCUGUUAACCAGCAGCUCUCUGUCUGGGACUGGGGUUUACGCUACAGCAAUGAACAAAUACUACAAUUCCAUAAUCCUGGCUAUGACCCAGAGCACUGCCCAGAUUCCUGGCUCCCUAGGCAACAGUCAAGCUUCAUGGUUCCUGGACCCCCCAGUUCUGUGUGGCUCUUCUCUAGAGGGGCCCUGACCCCCCUGAAUCAGCUCUGUCCUUGGCGGGACAGUCCCUCCCUGCUAGCAGUCUCUUCUCGUUGGCUUCCUCGACCGGCUAUCUCCACUGAAAGCCUGGCUGACCAGGAGUGGGGGCUCCCAUCACACUGGGGGGCUUGCCUGUUACCCCCAGGGCUACUGCUUCCUGGAACUCUGGGACCCCAGAUCAGGCUCUGGAAACGCUGCUACCUGAGGGGAAGGCCUGAAGUCCAGAUGGGCCUGUCGGCUCCCACAGUCUCUGGCCUCCAGGAUGAGCUAUCCCGUCUUCAGGAGCUAUUAAGGAAAUGGACGCCAAGACUAUCUCUUGAGGAUCACUUCAAGAAAAGAGACCCAAAUACCACUCUCUCCCAGUCCUGCUGAAACUGCUGGUAUUCUCACAGGCAGGGCAGGGUUCUGUCUAAUCCUGAUUUUUCUCAUCCGGUUUUGCUGCCUCAGCUUCCACACUCCAGCCCUUAAACAAGCUUCCUCA